GAUUUGCUCAGGCGCAAGUCGCAACAAAACAGUUUUCCAGGUAGGAUGGUCGGAUAGCAGCCAUAACAAAAAAAGUAAAGUUUGUAAACAGCUCAAUUGUAAUUAAGUUAGUGGUUACUAUGUUUUUCUGAUGAAAGUUUGUUAAGAAUAAGUUCAGAAUCUGUUUCAUAAAUCAUUCCAUCCAAUUAUGAUUGACGGUUAGUUGUCGAUAAUGUUUUGCAAUCUCUUGAAAUGUCUGAUCGCAGUGUUUCUUGUGUCAACCUCAGUUGUCAGCAUAAAAAGUGAUGAUGAAAUUGAGAGCUUGCCGUUUUGUGGACCAUCUUCUGGAUCAAACUAUAAAUCCAAAAAGCUGAUGUUUGUGAGCACUUUGGAUGGACAAGUGUCUAUGCUGAAUAUCGCCGAUGGCGGAACAAAAGAAUGGAGUGUCCCCACGGGGCCGGGACCCAUGUUGGAGUCAAAUAUUCACAAGUUGGAGUUGACGAAUAAUGGACAGUGGGUUCGUAUGAUUCCGUCGCUGGCUGGUGGUCUCUACAAGUUCAAUGGCGAAUACAUAGAGGCGAUUCCCGUCAACGCAGAACAUCUUCUCAAAUCAUCCUUCCGCUACUCUGAUGAUCUUGUCAUCUCAGGUGGCAAGGAGAGCCGCACGUACGGUGUGGAGGUGGACUCGGGCCGCGUGCUGUACGAGUGCACGAUGCAGAGCUGCAACAAUAUCACCGACGAGGUGGACGACCAGAUCGGAGACGUCGUGCUUGUGCAGAGGAUGACGCAGACCAUUCGCGCCGUCGAACCCAGGACCGGCACCGAAAGAUGGAACUUCAGCGUUGCUCAACACGAUGUCAAGUUUUCUCCGAAUCCAAGCGCUGACUGUCACUAUGUCAAUGACCCUUCGUCUGAGAUCAUGCUGAAGGUCAUCGUUCCAGAAGGCCUUAUCUGUGCACUCAGCAAAAGUCAGCCCAAUAAGGUUCUAUGGACACACAAGUUUGAGUCACCGGUUGUGAGCGCAUGGCGCUUGGACGAAGGCCAGCUGAUCUGGGUGGAUCUGUUUGGAGGCAAGACGCCGCCUCUGCUGCAGUCGGCCGGUGGAGAGGGCUCUGUACCCGACUCGCCUGCUCUCUAUGUCGGAAUGCACAAGAAACAGUUAUACAUCCAAGAAAGCGUGACAAUGCAGACGAUGCUGCAGUCAGUGGCAAGCCAGUACAAGCAGCACCUGAUAGGCGCCGACAAGGCAUUCCCGCGCAUUCCGUGGCAGCCGAUUCCGGCCAUCGCCAGUGCACUGGAGCUGAGACGCCUCCUACCUGGCCACACCCACAAGGAUGUGCUGCAGAUCACCGAUGAGUCAUCAUCACAGGCCCUCGCCACCACCACUGCCAACUCGGUGCUCUACGGCUCAGAGUAUGUCAAUGGUAAUGGAUUUUACCUUUACACACCGGAAACAUCUAAGAAAAUUCAGACCGGUCUUUGUCAUCCUGAAGAUGAGCAAAACAUCACCAUCACACAACCGACCCCUGAAGAGGAAUUCAACAAGGAGUUCGAAGAAGCCGAUACCUCUGUUCAAGUUAUCAUGGUUUCUUUGUCAUACUAUUGGCGAGAAGUGUGUGUAAUCAGUAUUUCGACAGCGAUUCUCUUGAAUCUUCUGAUCCACCAUAGAGCAAUUGCGCCGUUCCUUAGGGCAAUACAGGAGAUAGUGUACACACUGAAAGCGAUCGUGUUGUACUCUGUAUUCGGCGUGCGGAACUUGAAGGAGUUCCAGACGAAGAUAUUGGAAGUGGACAUUUCGCAGGAUGGCGACUCUACUGGCAGCCAGUUGCCGUCAAAUGCGGCGGCCGACUACACUUCGCGUUACUUGACCGACUUCGACCCAGUACACUGCCUUGGCAAGGGUGGUUUUGGUGUCGUUUUCGAAGCCAAGAACAAGAUCGACGACUGUCACUAUGCUGUCAAACGCAUUCCGUUGCCUAGCAGGGAAGACGCCAGAGAGCGAGUGAUGCGCGAAGUGAAGGCGUUGGCCAAACUUGACCAUAAGAACAUUGUGCGAUACUUCAAUGCCUGGCAGGAAUGUCCUCCACCAGGAUGGCAGGAAGCACAAGACAAGUAUUGGAAGGAAAAGUCCUCAAGUAAGAACGCUUUCGAGGAUGUGAUCACCAUCGAUCCAUUAACGCCGGACGAGCCACCUUCAACAGCUGAGCUCCUAUCGAAGAACAUGAGUAGUAAUCUGUAUUCGAAUUGCAAGCUCAACAACUGGGGCAAAUCAAACAAUAAUGCUGACAUCAGCGAUUCGUACAUUGUGUUCGAAGCGUCGAAUCCUAGCUGCACAAAAGACAGCGCUGGCGACCAGGUCAAGAGUGGGGGGGACAGUGUGAUUCCUAUCAGCGUAACCAGUAGUGACUAUUCGGAACAGUCUUAUUCCAGCUAUGAUUUCGACAAAUCCAAACAGGGAUCGAAACCUAGACGACCGAACUCCCUGCUGUUGAAGAGUGAAGACAGCGCCACUGCCACUGAUAACUCCAGACAAGUCAACCUCAGAAUGUUCCUAUUCAUCCAGAUGCAGCUGUGUCGAAAGGACAGUUUAAGGGAGUGGUUGAGAGAUAUUAACAGGCCCAGGGAUGUCAAUCUUGCCAUCAACAUUUUCGAGCAGAUUGUACAUGCUGUUGAGUAUGUUCAUCUGAAAGGACUAAUACACAGGGAUCUCAAGCCGUCGAACAUAUUCUUCUCGUUGGACGGUCAAAUAAAAGUGGGCGACUUUGGUCUUGUGACAGCUAUGGUUGAGAGCGCAGAGCAGUUCGUUCCUCAGGACAAAUGCCCGAAAAACUCCAGUACUAGCCUUUCUUCACGCGAAAAACACACUGCCAGAGUCGGCACUCAUCUCUACAUGAGCCCAGAACAGGUUCAGGGUAAACCGUACAGCUACAAGGUGGACAUCUAUUCGUUGGGACUAAUUCUUUUCGAACUUCUCGUGCCCUUCUCAACCGAAAUGGAACGUGCACAAACGCUCCAGGAUCUCAGGAAGAAUAGAUUUCCAUCGCAUUUUCAGACUAACUUCAACCAAGAGUACCAGUUACUGUCGUUGAUGCUGUCUCAUCGUCCGGAGGAGAGGCCGACCACCUACGGCAUACGCGCCAAGCCGCCUCUCCAGAAGACGCCGACCAUCGAUGAUGACGUCACCUGGCACUUUGAUCUGCCGCUCAGACGCAAAACCUCUUCUUGCAACUCCAACAGCUUCGACUCCUGACACUUGGACAACUACAACUGGAAUACUACAUUCCAUUAGCUCAACUACUGUUUGUUACUGCAAUUCAUCAUCGUAUGGUUUCUCUUCGAAGUAUUUCUGGAGAGAGAAGUAUUAGUGAGGUACACGUUAUUAUAAUGGCAGUAUUUGAUUAACAUUAGUGCUGCUAUCCUUGUCUAUUAUUCGACACAGCAGAUAGCUCCGCAAUGUUUUCAGAUUGUUCCUCGACAAUUUAGAAAUAUAAUUAAUUUGGCUAACACAAUAUUUAUUCUCAAUAAUGUAAAUGUAGGCUAUUACUAAAUCAUUCAAAAAUAUAUUUCCGUGACAAAUAAAAUAUAAAAGAUUAUUUUAAACAAAAAUAAACAGUUGAUAUUACAUCAGAUAUACCGGUAUGCCACUGUAGAAGGCAGUGGCAAAACAGAGAAUCGGUAACUCUGUUCUCUUAUCUUUCUCCACUGUCAUUAUAACGUGGACCUCACUAUAACGGUGUGCUACUGGAGUACAUUCCAUAAUGCUCAUUCCCAAUGAGGGUAUGCUAAGAGAUUUGAAUCAAUCGUGAAGAUAAAAUCAAUGUCAAAAUAGUUUUGUGAUUGAUUGUUUAUGUAGGUACAGUCUAGUGAUUGUUUGUUUGUAAUAAUUAAGAUAAUUUUACCAUUUUUGUGAUGGUUGUCAUCUAGUUGAAUCAAUUUUAUGGCUGAUAUUAAGAUAAUCAAUUUCCUGAUUGAUUGUUGAUAUCAAAGUUGUUGAUUCAAUUUCGAUAUCCAGUUGAAUCAAUUUCGUGAUAAUUGUUAAUGUCAUGUGAUAGUUGUAGCCGUAAACUUCAUUCAUAAUGUGUGGUUGAUCUUCUCUCAUGUAAUUUUAUCAAUUUCGAUUUGUUAGUGGAACCCGUUAGGAAUUAUUACUAAUAAGGACAAUGUUAGGCUAUAUCAACUUUGUUGUAGAGUUGGACUCUCAAAUUAUCUUGCAAUUUGUAAUUUCUGAAAAUAUUUAGCAAUGUCAGUGGAUAACUGCAGAACAAAUAAUUAUAUUCUAGACGAAAAAUGUACUUUUAGUCGGAUUUUGUAAAUUUAUAAAUUAAUUUGGAACAAAUGUAUUUGAAGGAGUGCUAACUACAGUAUUCUAAUGUACUGUACGAUGCAAACAAUACAUUGAAAUUAUUAUUGCUGUAGCUAAAAUAUCUCCUAAAUAUAAUUGAAACUUUCCUUCGAAAAAUGUGAGCAAUAAGAAGAAAUUCAAACAUAAUUGAAGAGAAAAUCAGCAUUCAACUAUUUUUUUUCUCCGAGUUUUCAGUAUUGUGCUAUUAUAACACUUCUUCGCAAUAUCCUUGUACACCAGAAAUUAGAUUCGGUAAUGAGUUUUCUCUUUUUAAGGUUUGUUAAACCUUAGCCUGAAUUAACCUGUCACAUAACUCUUGAUUAGUUAUUGAGAACAAAUUCCUAAUGUUUGGAUUGUUGCCUUAUAAUGAUUCAAAGUUUGUGAAUUUUGAAUUAUUUUGUUUGUAAAGUCAAUAAUGUUUCCCUUCAAUGGAUGCCUUCAUAAUAUUUUAUCAUUGAUUUAUAUACCAUGAAGUUGUAGAUUGUCUCUAUUCGUGGAAUAUUUCAAAAUUUAUACUGUGGAUGACAAUAUUUUCCAAUUAAAAAUAUAAUUAUAUAAAUAUAAUUAUAAUUAUAUUAUAAGAGAGUUCUAACUUACUAACUAUAAAUAAUAAUGUAACGAAUCAACUAAGUCAAUUUAUUUUUUACGAAAAAGAGAAUUGUGAAUGUGAAAUCUCCACAUUCAUGUUUAUUUUCGAUGAAGUGAAAAAUAUUUUUCGAAAAAAUUCUACAGUUUAGUAAUUAAAUGUGUAGUUGUUCAUGUUUUAGAACGUAUCGAUGGAAGGCUGUGCUUCAAUUCAUUUAUUCAUUUGUAUUUAUUUUUCAUUCAUUUUAUUUUUAUUUGUGUGAGUUUUAGUUUUCGAAACAAGAAAAGUUGAUAGUAUGAAAAUAUUUAUAAGUUUGAAAUUAUUCUAUUAGUUUUGUGGUAUUACAUUUCAAUGAAUGUUUCUUUAUUAUGCGUAGCCUAAUACUGUAUCUAUGCAAUUUUUAAAGCUAUGAGUGUACUGUUGAAAAGAGUAUAUGUUCGCAUAGUUAUCUCACUGUCUUGUCUAACUAGGUUUAUUAUUCCGUUUUUAAGUCUACUGUAAUUUUGAUGUUUUUCAUCUUGAAGAGUAUUGUAACUACGUUAGUUUAAUAUCAUUGAGAGUUGUUUGUUAAGGUUACGUUGUUAAUCCAGUAGCCCAGUUGUUGAGUAAUUCACUUGAAUCGAUCCUUAAAUUGAUAUUAAAAUUUUUGUCUUUUUAUGAAACUUGUAUAAAAGUGAUCAAUAUUACUAUGAAUUGUACUUAUGCUUUAUGAAAUUGAGUGCCUUUAAUCACACAUUAUGACUGUAUUCUAUUCACUAUUAACAGAGUAAAUAUUUUUCUCUUUACUUUAGCAUAAUAGUUUAUUUUUGACGAUUUAUUGUUAAUGCAUUAAUAUAGUUGAUUGUCUGUUGAUAUUUUAUGAAUCGUGUGUAAUUUAUUCAAUUAUGUUUGGAUGAUUCAACUAUUUUUUCUCCACGUAAUUUUCCCCAAUUUUCAUUUCAUAUAUUGACUACAGUAACUAUAUAACCAUUAUUUAUAUAGUUACUGUAAUACUGACUAUUCGUGUGUUGUUCAUCGAAAUAGGAAUUUCAAUUAUUGUAUUGGUUGAAAAAGCCUUCAAAUUAUUGAUGACCCCAAGAAAUUAUUGUAAAUAAUAUAUUAGUUGAAAAUGCAUCAAUUCUGUAGCGGAUUACUCCAAUGAUUUAUAUAUUCAAAUAACGUUUGCCAGUCUAUGUCAAAGUUUAGUUAAAUUGGUUUACAAAAUUCAAAUAUUCUAGGAAUUUAUUUU